UAGUUGGAGCCACUAGCCUCAAAUAAUAACCUUCACAGUGAUCACAGUUGAAAACGGUGGGCCACUAACUACUGCAUAUACAUUGGAGCAAUUUUGUCGUGCGGGUCGCGAUUUAUUAUUUGAUUGGAAUAUUUCAUAUUUAUUCGUGAUUAAAAAAGGUCAUUGUUGACAUCAUGCCGGCUGCUGAGGCUCACCACAAUAGCCGUUUGGCUAAAUUCAAAAAUAAUUUCAAGUCUGAGGAUGCACGCAGGAGACGCAAUGAGGUAUCAGUGGAACUUCGUAAAGCCCGUCGUGAUGAUCAGCUGCUAAAACGUCGCAACUUGACAAUUGAACCUGAGCCCCUACUAUCAGCAGACGAACAUGUCCAGUCUCCCAUUGGCAUGUCUAUUGAUGAGAUAGUCGCAGGAAUGAAUGGAUCUGAUGAAGUAGUACAGCUGCAAGCAACACAGGCCUGCAGGAAAAUGCUUUCACGUGAAAAGCACCCACCCAUUGACAUAAUGAUAUCUAAAGGAAUCGUUCCACGAUGCAUCGAAUUUCUCUCACAUCAUAACAAUCCAGCGCUCCAGUUUGAGGCCGCUUGGGCAUUGACCAACGUGGCCUCAGGUACGUCAGAGCAGACAAUGAUGGUUGCUCGACAUGGAGCCAUUCCCAAGCUCGUGGAAUUAUUGCAAUCACCAGCUGCAAAUGUAGCAGAGCAGGCAGUAUGGGCACUUGGAAACAUUGCGGGAGAUGGUCCUGAAGCUCGUGAUCUCGUAUUAGAGGAAGACUGCAUGCCUUUGCUAUUGAAUCUCGUAAAGACUGACACCUCCGUGUCGUUCACAAGGAACAUCGUCUGGACGAUCUCUAAUUUAUGCAGAAAUAAAAAUCCACCACCAUCAUUUGAGAUUGUGAAGCAAGCCCUGCCGGUGCUCAAUCGUUUGCUUACUGCUGAUGAUCCUGACAUCUUGGCAGAUGCCUGUUGGGCUCUGUCAUAUCUUACUGAUGGUGAAAACUACAAAAUUCAAGCUGUAGUUGACUCUGGUGUUGUCCCUAAACUCGUUGCACUACUAGCAUCACCUGAGUCUACUGUCUUGACCCCUACAUUGAGGGCUGUAGGGAAUAUCGUUACUGGAAAUGACACCCAGACCGAUGCUAUUAUCAAUGCUGGAGGACUGCCUAAUCUAAAAGCAUUGUUGGAACAUAAGAGAGUGAAUAUUGUUAAGGAGGCUGCUUGGACUAUCAGCAAUAUCACUGCUGGUAAUCACGAACAGAUUCAGCAUGUUAUUAAUGCUGGAAUUCUACCCCCUCUCAUUCAGGUUCUUGCUACGGGCGAUUUCAAGGCUCAGAAGGAAGCAGCAUGGGCAGUUACAAAUUUAACCUCUGGUGGUUCAAUUCACCAACUUGUGCAGUUGAUUCACCAAAACGUUUUGCCGCCUUUCUGCAAUAUUUUGCAAGCGAAGGAUCAGAAAGCCGUUAUUGUCGUUCUAGACGGAUUGACAAACAUCCUGAGUGCUGCUGAGAAGAUGGGACAACUGGAGCAAAUCGCUAUGAUGAUCGAGGAAAUUGGUGGACUGGAUAAGUUAGAGGAUCUGCAACACCAUGAGAAUGAGAAGAUUUAUCAGAAAGCUGCUUCAAUGAUCGAUACCUUCUUCUCAGAUGCGGAGUCAGAAGGUGCUCAAAUUGCACCUGAAACUGUUGAUGGGCAACUCAACUUCCAUGCUACCGAUUCUACCCCGCAAGGAGGAUUCCAGUUUUAAUUAUAUUACGUAGGGUAAUUAGUUUAAUUCUCAUAUGCAUAUUCUUUACUUCAUGAAUGCAUUUUUGUAGGAAAAAAGGCAAGGGACAUAAGCAGAGAAUUUUUUUUCUGAUUGCAUUUUCUUAUGAAUCACUUUUAUGGUCAUUAUCAUUUUCUCUUGAGUCAAAUACGAUUAAUUAUACUUUGAUACUUACAAGACAAUUUCUACAAGUGUCUGCACAUUCCUGUAAUUUUGAAUUUUUCUCAAAAAUCCCGAUAGUCUCUUUGAAAAAAGUGAUUGUAAUUUUUUUUCUAUUUUAUUACAAAAACAAAUCUUCGUGCCAAGUAAUUUUACAUGGGUGUGGAGUGUGAGCGGCUGUGCAGAUUAUACUUAUUUCAAUCAAUCCAAUAAUUUUCCACUUUAUACAUGCAGAAUUCCACAGCCACUUAUAGUCUUCGAUAUAACGCCAGUGAUUUAUUAAAAUUAUCGUGCCUAGAUGGUAUUUUUCCAUUAUUGAUAUAAAACAUUUUUGAUAACAAUAAAUGAUCUGAUCUAUGUCAUGAA